AAGCCUAAUGGUUCACAAGGCUCCGAAGCCCAUGGUCGAGGCAGGUGGUGAAGCAUCAGACUCCCUCCCGGUGUUCUUCGGGUCGGUCACUGCACAGACGACAUGUUCCGCCGAGCCACCCUUCUAGUCCCUCACAAUGGGCAGCAGCAGGUGCGUGGGAUGGCCACCCUGAAGGCCAUUGCCAUGCGCCUGAAAUCAGUAAAGAACAUCCAGAAGAUCACACAGUCCAUGAAAAUGGUGUCAGCAGCUAAAUAUGCACGAGCUGAAAAGGAGUUGAAGCCUGCUCGGCCAUAUGGUGCUGGAACAGCUGCUUUCUAUGAGAAGGCAGAAGUAAAGCCUGAGGAGGAAAAACCCAAGCGGUUGAUUGUGGCGUGUAGUAGUGAUCGUGGCCUGUGUGGAGCCAUUCACUCAAACGUCUGCAAGCACAUCAAGGCAGAGCUGCUGGCAGAUGCCUCCAAUGCCGCCAUUGUCUGCAUUGGUGACAAGUCACGAGCUCAGCUGGCUAGGGUGCUCUCUCAAAAUAUAAUUGCCCAAGUUGGAGAAGUUGGGCGUAAACCUUCCACUUUCGAAGAUGCCUCCAGAAUUGCUACAUUCAUCCUAAACUCAGGCUAUGACUUUGGCUCUGGCAAACUUGUCUACAACAGGUUUAGGACUGUGGUAUCUUACGACACAUUGGAGUUGCCUUUCUACUCGGCUUCAUCCAUCACAAAUGCAGAGAAGAUCUCUGUGUACGACUCUCUCGAUGCUGAUGUAAUUCAGUCUUAUAUGGAGUAUUCCCUGGCAUCUCUUCUUUUCUAUGCACUAAAGGAAGGUGCUUGUUCAGAACAGUCCUCAAGAAUGACUGCUAUGGACAGUGCUAGCAAGAAUGCAGGUGAGAUGAUUGACAAGCUUACACUGACAUACAACCGUACGCGGCAGUCUGUCAUUACUGGAGAAUUGAUCGAGAUCAUAUCCGGCGCUGCUGCUGUCUAAAGGAUGUUAUUUGCUUCUUAUAUUAAAAGAUCUUGAGAUUGGAAGUUUUUGUGUAUAAAAUGUCACAUGGUCUGCUGUAGAAAGGUUCCCAGCCAUAAAAAAAAAAAUCUUUGAGGCAUACUGUACAUUGGAAUCCGUGCCAUGCAUUACCCCAAUUAGUAAUUCCUCACCAAUGUUAAAACUUAACUACCAGUGUAACAGUGUAAGCUAACCCCAGUGUUUAGUCUGGUACUUGGAAGUUACCCAGAUUGUUGCAUUCUGUACCAACAAGACAAAAAUAUAAUGUGGUGUGUUUGCUGGGUUUCUCGGAAGUAUGUGUCUCAGCCCAAAUAAAUAAUAUGUAGAGUGGGAUUUAUCAAGGUAAUUCUUGCUUUACUCAAACUUUUUGUGUAACCCAGCAAAUAAAUCACAACCAGAAUGUAGAGAAAUGCACCCUGAAGUUAUGUUGUCUGUACAGAUAAAGAUAAUUUUGGUGUAAUAAAGUUGAUAUACAGUA